UCCUAAAGUUGUUCAAAUUAUUCACCCAAUUCUUUUGCAAAAAUCGCGAUGCGUCGCCGUCCGUUUUUUAAAAUGGCUUAAUAAUAGACAAAAACACUUUUUGACGUUUCGACGGACCCAAGGCCAAGGGCCUGCUAACUUUCAUUUCUCAACUUCCUUCUAACUCUCGUCACAAAGGGUCAGAAUGUUAAGUAUUUUUUUGUGUAUUAUAGACAGUUUUUGUACCACAUUAGAUGCGAAGUUGUUCGAACACGCUGCUGCCUGCAUGGUUAUAUUCUCUUCAUGCAAUAAACUCUAUUGCGUCUUCCGCUCCUCUAGAGGCUUAUUUUACUAGUCUUUUGAAAUGCUGAAAUAGCUGCGUACAGAUUUAGGUUUAAGAAUAUUUUAAAAAUGAUUUAAUAGUGUGGAUUACCGGCCUCUUUUAAAAAAGGUGUGUGACAGAUGGAUUUACUGCGGUGUGCUGUCUUCAUUUUUCUUUCAGCCGUCUUAAAAUUCGCGCGUUUUGUAUAUCGGCGGGUGACCUAUUGUUGGAGAGACAAGUUUAUCAAUAAUAUAUUAUUCCUCUACGAAAACAGGGCCAUUUGUUAGGGUAACAUUAUUAUCAAUAUUUCAAUGUAAAUAACAGAAUCAAAAUUCAAAACUGUCGUUUCUUAUACGUUUUGGUGAAACAGUUCGACAUGAGGCUGGGACUCUGACUCUCUGAGUAUCAGGAACAUAGCGCCGCUAAUGGCUCAGUGAUGAUGAAAAUCCUAAUGAAAUGUUGAAAAUCGUGACAUUGUAAGUUAGAAAGACAAUGGUUGAGUAUGCAAAACAUUUAUCACAUGAGGAGGAAGAGAAAAUCUGGGAUCAUGAUGAGAGUCCUCCAUCCUAUGCUUCUCUCUUUGGACAGUUUAAAGAGGCGAAAGAGAAGUCAGAAGGACCAGUAGAUUUAAUAAAGACAGCGUCACAGCUAUUUGCGGGAACAAUUGGCUGUACAAUCGCGCUAAGUUUUCUUUUAGCUGUUCCAGUAGCAAUGAUUGUUGUAGGUGUUACUUAUAGACACGACUGCCCUGUGGAACCUUUUAUACCAAUAUACCUUGUAGUUGCUGGUUCGUGUGGGCUCUUAAAAGCAGUUAUAUUAUCUUGUCAAAAAUUAAAGAAUUCCGAAUCUGACCCGGAACAAGAAUCGGAUGAAUUUUCAUCAAAUGAAGACUUAUCAAAUACCAGUAAAUUCAUGGAUGGUGUUUUGAAUAUUUUUAUGUUUACCUGGUUUAUAGCAGGUAAUGUGUGGGUCUAUUCACACUAUAAACCUAAUGAGAAGCCACCAUUAGAUGAUCCGUUAAACUAUUGUGAACACACGGUGUACUGGUUUGCGUUUUGGAUUGUAACUGUUAGUUAUGUCAUAAUGGGAACAAUUUGUUUUUGUAUAUGCUGUUUAGGAGCAUGUGCAAGCUGUACCGCGUUUUUUGUAACAAAAAGUUGA